UUUUUUUUUUUUAGGGAUGUCAGCGGUCUCACGGGGCGCCCGUAGAAUCCUAGAUGACCCCAGUGCCCGGGACCCCAGUCCUCUUGGGGAGCCUUACUGACACCACUCCCGUCGCCUUAAACAUAAAUACCUGGAUUCUACCGCCUUCUUUAAACGCUGCGCCCCCUCCUCAUCCGCCCCCGCUACUCCAGCUCCUCACGUUGGCUUCCCGGUGUCCCCUCCCCGGCUCGCAGCGACGAGCCCCACAAUGUGGAGCCUCUAAGUCCGCAACACCACAGGCUCCUAACGGACGCCCCCACCUCUCGGUCCGGCGCCUCGGUUCUCACACCCGCGCCUCUUCGAACUCCCGACCCGAAUCUCCCCUCGGGUGCGCAGCCCUUCAUACUCUCGACCGGCCCUCUUCCCCUUGCUCCGGCACCUCCUCGGGCCCGGGACGGCCUCCUCCGGUCGCCGGCGUCCCUCGGCCCCCGCCCGGCCCGCCCCCGGCACCCCGCUUACCGUUCUGAGCGGCGCCU